AUGUCUUCAGAGCCGGUGUUCGUCCUUCCGGGCGAUCACAUCCCACCAGACCUUGUACCCUCACAUCCCAAGAAGCCGCUCCGAUUAGGCCCCGGCCUGCGGCACGUUCCUCCGAAUGAUGUUGUGCCCACGCUGGCUGGCCAGCUUGUGACGGACAGACCAAAGAAUGCGAUUAGAGUUGAAACCUCACAUGGACGGUACGUCCCUCGAGUGGGAGAGCUCGUCAUAGGAACGAUUCAUAAGAGCGCCGCGGAUGUCUACUAUGUCCAUCUAUCAGAUCACACUGCGCCCGUGCUAUUGCCGCAAUUGUCCUUCGAGUCGGCGACCAAGAAGACACGUCCCGUCUUGGCACCCGGGGCGCUGGUCUACGCGCGCGUCACUCUGGCGAAUAAGCAUAUGGAUGCAGAAUUGGAGUGUGUUUCGUCGUCGACGGGGAAGUCGGAUGGAUUGGGGCCCUUAACCGGUGGUAUGAUGUUUGACAUAUCAUUAGGGAUGGCUAGGCGGCUGAUGAUGCCCAAGAGCGUGCAGGAAGGCAAGAUUGUUGUGUUGGAAGAGCUGGGUGCGCUGGGUUUGCAAUUCGAUACGGCCACGGGCCGCAACGGGCGAUUCUGGGUGGACAGCGAAAAUACAAAGACUGUCCUGGCUGUCGGAAGAGCAAUUCAGGAGACAGACGAGAGAAGACUAGGAGUAGAAGACCAAAGGAAAUUGGUCCGAAAGAUAAUCAAAGAUUUGAGCUGA